AUGACCAGUCCCCAGAAUGUUAAGGAGGUCCAAAGACUUGCUGGUCGUAUUGCUGCUCUUGCCAGAUUUUUACCUAUAAUGGCAGACAGGUCUUGGCCUUUCAUUGACCUACUUAAAAAAUCCAAAAAGUUUGUCUGGACUGACGAAUAUAUUGUCAUCAGUUUGGUCUUACUACAAGAAACACCUGAACUGACUCCUGUAUACUUCAUUAGCCGAACACUUCAAGGCCCCGAAUCACGCUAUCAGUUAAUGGAAAAGGUAGUGCUGGCCCUAGUCCACACAACUCGUUGGUUAAGACAUUACUUACAAAGCCAUCGGGUGGUAGUAUGUACAGAUUGCCCAAUGGCUAAAGUUUUGAGAAAACCAGAAUUGGCUGGACCAAACGUCGUAACUAUUGAACAAUUUAUUCGGUUUGGAUUCAACGCCUCCAACAAUCAAGCUGAGUAUGAAGCUCUACUAGCGGGUCUCAGAUUGGCAAAAGAUAUUGGCGUAAAACGCAUCACUUGCUGGAGCGAUUCAAAGAUAGUGGCCGAUCAGGUUAAUGGAAUAUAUAAAGUGAAGGAUUCCAUUAUACUCCAAUAUUAUCAAGAAUUUAACAAUAUAAAAGAUGAAUUUGACGAAGUACAUGUUCAACACACACCAAUGACCAUGAACGAACAAGCCGAUAGGCUUGCCAGACUUGCUAGUCAAAGGAAACCUGGGCAAUUACAAAGUGUAAUUCAUCAAGAAAUCCCUCAACCUAGUAUCGCGAAACAAGAGUGCAUGGACAUAGAAAAUAUGCCUCAAAAUUGGAUGACUCCAAUUAUUCAAUACCUCACCAGCAACAGCUUAUCAAAAGAUCCAGCUUCGGCUAAGAAAAUAAGAAUGCAUGCAGCUAAGUACCUCAUUCUAGGCAAUGAAUUAUACAGAAGAAGAAUUUCAACGCCUAUGCUUAAAUGUCUCAAUGAAGAUAAAGCUAGCUAUGUCAUGAGAGAAAUUCAUGAAGGUAUCUGUGGUACCCAUUCGGGUGGACGCACCAUGGCCGCUAAGAUACUUAGAGCCGGAUACUUUUGGCUGAUACUCGCUCAAGAUUACCAAACAUUUGUGAAGAAAUGCAUCCUUAUCAACAACACGGUCCUCAUUUAUAUUAACACGCCGACACCCUUCACCCUAUUAGGUCUCCCUGACCCUUUGCUAUUUGGGAAAUGGACCUUCUCGGUCCUUUUCCCUUGGCAAAAAGGCAAUUUCACACAUCGCCGGUUUAAUGAAUUUUUGGAAGGGCUUCACAUCAAACAUUCCCAGACUAAUGGUCAGGCCGAGGCUGCCAACAAAGUCAUCUUACAUGAACUCAAACAAAAAUUGGGUUCGGCAAAAGGAGAAUGGGCAGAGAAGUUGCACGAGAUCUUAUGGGCUUAUCGGUUCGAGAUUGGAGAACCAUCAUUUCGAGGGCAAAACUUCGAGGAAUUGGCCAAUGACGAAUCCCUAGCUGUCAACUUGGAUUUACUGGACGAAGUCGGUCAAGCAGCCAUAGUAACCAAGGCUAGCAAAAAGAUGAUGGCAAGAAAGCUCAACUCCAAAGUCAACCCAAGACAAUUUUAUGUAAAUGACUUAGUAUAG